GAGAGUUGAUACUCUCAAAAGCAAUAAUAAUGGAAAAAAUUGUCGACCCUGUGAAAAAGAAAGCGCAACAGCUUAACCCAAGUGUGCACAAAAUAUAGUGAUCAUUUUGGUUCAAUCAACCUCAUCUCACGACCCUUGACUUUUCUCCUCACACAAUGUGAUGAUAGAAUAAUAGCAUAUAUACUCUAAUACCAAAUCACCGUUUCAUCUCACUCAAUCAUCUAAAACAAAACCCAAAAAUGACACUAAUCAAUUCCCUUUCCUUUUCACUCUUAGCAAUAAUAACAUUUGCUUUCUUACUUCACUCUCAAUCAACAAUUCUACCUCAAGACCAUGUAGCAACUUCAGAAAGUGAAGCACUAGAGUUAACAAAAACAGAAAGAGAAACACUAGAAAUCAUCAUAGGGGUCGGCGGUGGAGGCACUGGUUAUUCCCCUGCUCCUUCCCCUUCCGCUGACUGUCCACUUCCACCACCACCUCCCCCUGACUGUCCACCACCACCUCCUCCGCCUCCCCUUACCCGUUUAGAAAAAGCAAAAACAGUACUUCUCAACUUCAAAAGCCAAAUCUACGACUCAACUGGCUACACUAAUAACUGGAAGAAAAGCGCAUCCGUUUGCAACUUCAACGGAAUCCUCUGCGACACUUUCCCAAACACAAUCGAACAAGCCGUUGCUGGGUUAGACUUAAACCAAGCAAGGUUAUCAGGUAAGGAAUGUACCGAUAUACCCCUCAAUGGUAUCUUAGACAGUAUACAGGAAUUAACAUUCUUCCAUGUCAAUUCCAACAAUUUCUCAGGUUCAAUCCCAAAACAAAUCACUAACUACCUUUAUUUCUACGAACUUGACCUUAGUAACAAUAAUCUCAUCGGUGAGUUUCCAAACGAAGUUAUUCAAUCAAAACAACUUGUUUUUUUAGACUUAAGGUUUAACCAUCUUUACGGUUCAAUUCCAUCACAAUUGUUUGAAAAGGACCUUGACGUAAUUUUCAUAAACAAUAACCAGUUCACUCAAUGUUUACCUGAAAAUUUCGGUUCUACCCCUGCAAGGUACUUAACAUUCGCUCAUAACCAAUUCACCGGUCAAAUUCCUAAAAGUAUUGGUAACGCUUUCAAAACAUUAACCGAAGUUCUUUUCUUAGGGAAUAAAUUUGAAGGGUGUUUACCUUUUGAAAUUGGGUAUCUUAAAAAAGCAACGGUUUUUGAUGUUAGUCAGAAUUUAUUAACCGGUCCUAUUCCAGCUUCAUUCGGUUGUUUGGAGAAAAUUCAGUUUUUGAAUUUGGCAAGUAAUAAAUUCUACGGUACUGUUCCUGAGAGUGUUUGUGUUCUUCCUGGGAUACGUAACAAUGGGAAUUUGUCUUUGUCGGAUAACUAUUUCACUUCAAUUGGACCAGCAUGUUGGAGUUUGAUUAAGUAUAGGAUAUUGGAUGUUAGUAAAAAUUGUAUCCCUGGCAUUCCAAAUCAAAGAUCUCCGAGAGAGUGUUAUGAGUUUCAGUGUAAGAAGAAGGCUUGUUCGAAUCAUGAGAGUUUGAGUUAUGUUCCUUGUAAGACACAUUGGGGGAACAAACAGAGUAAUGCCCCUGUUUCUCAAGAAAUGGCUGCAGAGCCUGUGACUUAUAAGUCUCUUAAACCGCAUCGGUUGAGAUUGAGAUGAUGAUGAUGCUUUCUCUUAAACCGCAUCUACUAUGUGUCUUCACUUUCAUUAUUAUGCUUAUGUUAUGUAUUUGCAUAUAUUUAUUUUUCCAUCAUGAAAUGAUGUUAAUUGUACAAUUUGUAUGUGUCCAUGAAUAAAUUAAUAAUAAUAAUAAGGACUUGUUAUCCAAUUUGGCA